ACCGCGGACCCAGCCCUGGCAACGAUGGCGGCCACCGUCCUCCUCCGAAGGAACCGACCGGGAACCAAAGCCCAGGACUUUUACAGCUGGCCUGAUGAAUCGCUGGACGAGAUGGACAGUACCCUGGCUGUCCAGCAGUACAUCCAGCAAAGUAUUCGAGACGAUGCCUCAGACAUUGAGAAGAUUCUGGAGCCCCCGGAAGGUCAGGAUGAGGGGGUCUGGAAAUAUGAACACCUCAGGCAGUUCUGUCUUGAGCUCAACGACUUGGCUGUCAAACUACAGGGCGAGUGUCACUCCGACACAUGUACCCAGAUGACAGCUACCGAGCAGUGGAUAUUUCUGUGUGCAGCACACAAAACCCCGAAGGAGUGUCCUGCUAUCGACUACACCAGACACACGCUGGACGGUGCUGCCUGUCUGCUCAACAGCAACAAAUACUUCCCCAGCAGGGUGAGCAUUAAGGAGUCGUCCGUGGCCAAGCUGGGCUCUGUCUGCCGCAGGAUUUACCGGAUCUUCUCACACGCAUACUUCCACCAUCGCCAGAUCUUUGACGACUACGAGAACGAAACCUUCCUCUGCCAUCGUUUCACAAAGUUUGUCAUCAAGUACAACCUGAUGUCGAAGGACAACCUGAUUGUGCCGAUCCUCGAGGAGGAGAUACAGAACGCCACAGCCGGAGAGAGCGAGGCCUGAGCAAGCACGCAUGCACACACAGAAACCCAGCAGUGAGCCAAGUGUCCCCCCUCCAGCCAUUCUUCCUUCCCCCCCACCCCACCCCACCCCACCCCUCCAACCACAGUCCUCUGCCUUAACCUUUCCCUUCAGUGGCAGACCCGCCGAGUUGAGGGUCUCAUGCUGACAGACGGGUGGAGGUGGAGGAACACCAGCUGGACAGAGGGAGGCACAUGCCCAUCCCAUAACCUCGCCUGACCCCAACUCCUUUCCGAUUUCCUGUUUAAUUUGGUGUCUGUUCGUCUAUCCAGAAGGGUUAGGGUGAAUCCCUAUUGAUGGUCUCUGUGUUUCAUUCUGUUGGCUCUCUUCCUGCACUGACAGUUAUUUAUAUAAAAUUAUCAUUGCUCUGCAUUCUCUUCCUCUAUUCCAAAAUCACAUAAUCAUGGUUUUAAGGAAAGACCAGUCCGUUUGUUACCAUUUGGGUCCUUGCUCACUCUGGGAGCGUUUGAUGGGGACAGUGUAGAGGGAGCUUUACUCUGUAUCUAACCCCGUGCUGUACCUGUCCUGGGAGUGUUUGAUGGGGACAGUGUAGAGGGAGCUUUACUCUGUAUCUAACCCCGU